ACCAGCUCCACUGCCUCUCAAGUCUCAACACCACCUGCAAGUACCAACCGUCCAACCGAGCUAUCGAGAUUAACUAACUGACGAUGAUGAAGCUGAGGUGCCCCAACCCCAAGAGGCUGUUCAGGAGGAGGUCCUCCAAGGGCAGCAGCACCGGUAGCGCUAGCAGCGACGACGGCAGCGAUGCCGGUGGUCUCAUCCACGGCGGCGGUGGCAGCGGGGAGAUCGAGUGGGAGGUGCGCCCGGGGGGCAUGCUGGUGCAGAGGAGGGACGGGAGGGGGGACGUCGAAGUGAUCACCAUCAGGGUGGCCACCGGGCUCUCCACCUGGCAUGAGGUGUCCAUUGGAGCCACCUGCACUUUUGGAGAGCUGAAGGUGAUACUGUCCAUGAUGACAGGGUUGGAGCCCAGGGAGCAGAGGCUGCUGUUCAGGGGCAAGGAGAGGGAAGACGGAGACCACCUCCACAUGGUCGGGGUGAGGGACAAUGACAAGGUGCUGCUUCUCGAGGACCCUGCUCUCAAGGACAUGAAGCUCCGGGCGGCCGCGCUCGCGGCCCAGGCCAUGCAGAGCCCGUAUCAGACUUCUAUCCGGGUAUAGGGGCAGCCUGCCUCAGUCCACCACGCUAACAGUUAGAGUAAAGCAAACCAAUCGCACACAUUCGGCCUGUUUAAUUAGGUGUUUGGAGAAGUACCACUCCAUGGAAUGGAAGGGCAAAGGUCCUCCUCCUCGUGUGAGAAUUAGAGUACCAAUCAAUUGUAUCAUUUUGCUAUUUGUAGCUACUUGCAAAUUUUAAGUUUUCAGUCGUAGAUGAUGGAAGGGUUAGCCUGCAGGAGCUGCAAGUGUAAGUGUGGAUGUCACGCUUGUUAGUAGCUUAGAUCGGAGAAUGCAAUCAAUCUAUGUGGCAUAUGUAGUGUGGGCUACACUCCUACAUGCAGUGUUGUUGAAAAUUGUUGUUUAAUCUGAGAAUGAUAAGUCUGAU